AUGCAAGAUGAUUUCGGGACCGGCGGCCAAAAAACCGCAUUCAUUGGAUGGCUGCUAGCCUGCUACUGGGAAGUCACCCCGGUUCACACCCGCUUCCCUCCAGUAAGUCGUCGAAGAAAAACCGCCCGCAGAUCUCCAGAACAGAUCUCAUCCGAAACCCGCUCGAGCCCAGAUCCGCUCUCCAGCCCGAGCGGCUGCCCGUGGCUUGAUAACCAGGCAUCGAUCGCGGGAUAUAGCCAGCACGACAGCCAGUGCGUGAUACCAUCUCCUUACCGCAGAAACAGAUCGCCGGGUCACCAUCGCGGCUCGCCCAGAGUUCCGGCCAGGCGUGUUCCAUCGUUGGGGGACGCCCAUCUUCGCCCUCUGCGGUUAAGGGGCGCUGGCGCCAACGGCCCGACCCGGUUUAACGAGUUGGAGGACUGGGGCGGCCCUGACCUUCCUGCAUCCGGUGCGUGUUUGUCGGAUCCGACGGCGGGCAAGAACAACGAGUAUGAGAGCAGAGGAACUUUCCAUGAUUGGAGGGACGAGGCAGCGCCAAUUGUGUCGUUGCUGGCAUCUCCGGAAUGGUUUCGUAACGGCGGAGCGGGAAAGCUGGAUAUUCUGCCAUCUUGCGGAGCCGACCUGAACAGCCCAGCCCCGAAUGGGGUCGACCACCUCCCUUCCGCCACGGAGAAGCUUCACUAUGCAUUCCUUCCUAUGUUGGCGUCAAAUUGGUUGGUGCGCAGGGACGGGUUUAUUCGUACGCCAUACCCACGGCAGAUAUCCCUCUCCCAUGACCACGCGCCACCUGCUGGGCAUUUUCAUCUGUCUACGCUCCGAAACGGGAUGCAGCACCGCCAGGACGCCCAGGCACAAUGUCAGAAACGGCUAGCCCGUACACUUUUUCACGUGUCGGGUGAAGAACCCGCUUUCUGGAGUAGCACAACCGCUGAAUGGCUUCGUCUCUGGUUCCGCUGCAUGGCUCUGUCGGCCGUUGCCGAAAAGGUUAGGUCUAUAGGGCCGAAAGCUGGGGAGAGAACCGCUAAGGGCCUUCAGCUCCGCCCUUCUGAAUGA